GGAGCGUGGCCCAGACUGGGCAGAGUCCGGCUGAGGCCCUGCAGCUGGAGGCAUGGCAGCUCCCAGCGGAGAGCAGAUCCACCAGGAGGUGCAGAACUACUAUGGCAAAGAGCUGCAGAAGUCAGAGGACCUCAAAACCAAUGCGUGCAUCACCUCAGCCAGGCCUGUUUCGAAGGUGGUGAGAGAUGCCCUGGAGCGCAUCCAUGAGGAGGUGGUGGCCAGGUACUACGGCUGCGGUCUGGUGAUCCCCGAGUGCCUGUCAUCAUGCCGGAUUCUGGACCUGGGCAGCGGCAGCGGCAGGGACUGCUACCUGCUGAGCCAGCUGAUCGGGGAGCAGGGCCACAUCACUGGGAUAGAUAUGACCGAGGGCCAAGUUGAGGUGGCGAAGAAGCACAUUGCCUACCACACGGAUAAGUUUGGCUACCAAAAGCCGAAUGUGGAGUUCUUCCAUGGUUACAUGGAGAACCUGGGUGAUGCUGGACUGGCUGACGACAGCUACGAUAUUGUCAUCUCCAACUGCGUGAUCAACCUUGCCCCUGACAAGAGGGCUGUGCUGCGAGAGGCCUUCCGUGUGCUGAAGCCCGGGGGAGAGAUGUACUUCAGUGAUAUCUAUGCCAGCCAGCGCCUGAGCGAGACCACCCGGAAGCAUCGGGUGCUGUGGGGAGAAUGCCUGGCAGGAGCCCUGUACUGGAGAGACCUGUACAGCAUUGCUGAAGAGGUGGGGUUCAGCCCCCCACGCCUGGUCACCGCCAGCCCCAUCACCAUUGGCAACAAGGAGCUGGAGGGCAUUGUCGGCGACUGCCGCUUUGUUUCUGCAACUUACCGCCUGUUCAAGGUGCCAGGUGACAGCCGGACCGGGCCAGGACAGGUCACCUACAGUGGCGGGAUUGUGGGGCACGAGCGAGAGCUGGUGUUUGAUGCCAACUUCACCUUCAAGGAAGGAGAGGUGGUGAACGUGGAUGCUGAGAUGGCUGCAAUCUUGCAGAGCUCCAGGUUUGCGGAGAAGUUCCUGAUCCGAGCUGGUGGAGCCAACACUGCAGCACUGCAGGGCUGCUGUAGCAAGGGAGUGAAGGAGAAAAUCUGUGAUCCCUUCCAGCUGCUGGAGCAGCUGAGAGCCCCAGGUCCUGCUAGCUGUCCUGCUGGCACCUGUGGUCCCCCAGGGUGCUGCUGAGUGGCAAGUGGCAUCCCCACACAUCUGUUGGAAGUCAUUUGGGUGAGAGGACGUGGUUCCUGUGACGUCUUCCACCAGAGAGCAAAUAAAUACAUGUCUGAGCUCAAAGGUUGUGUGUUUGUAGCUGCCCCGGGGCCAUGGGUGCUGUGCUUCCCUGGCAGGGCUGGUGGGGCAGGUUGUGCCUGUUACAGUGAGGACCCAUCCUGUGAGUCCCCUCACUGUGGGGCUGCCCAUGGCUGCGUGGCUUGGGCACACAGGCAGGGACAGUCUCUGUCUCACUUGCAGCCCUGCAGCCUGUUCCAGGAGAUAGGGGUUGCUCUCUCUUUCCCUGUGCAGUGCCUCUGAGGUUUCUGUUUUCCCUGGACUCCAUCUAGUUGGAAAGCCCAGAGUCCCCUGCAGGCAUCGCACCUGCAGAGUUUUGCAAGGAAAUUGAGCAGUUCUGGAAAAGAAGAAAUGCAUUCAGCUGCAUCCCACAGCAGGCAAAGAGCAAGGUGGGAGGGCUUUUAGGGUGUGGUGGGAGGUGAUGGACUGCAUUCCUGCUGCCCAGCAUGAAUCCCACAGGACCUGGCCCGCAGAAGGUGCUUGGGAAAGGCUGGGGGCUGCUGAACAGCCAAAUUUAGAAAUAGGGACCAUUUCCACCCCUUCUCACACAGUGAUUUUACAGGAGGGGCCAAAUUUCCCAUCUCUGCCAUUUAAGCAUCAUCUUGCUGUGGCAUAGGGGAAGUUAAGAAGCAAAACCCAAUAAAAUUUGGGUUCAAAAAUAAACAGGCCAAUACCAAGGAUGCUCUGCAGUAGCAGUGGCUGAGGAGGGUCCAGGUGUUCAGGACACCUGAAAUUGUUCUGAAAUUGUGUGGAAUGACAUCACUGAUGGGAUCUUGGGAGAAAGGAGCUGUUUAAUACACACACCCCACCCCCAGCCCUUUUGCUAGAUUACUUACAGAGACUUCAUCCAAGUCCUCAAGCAGCUCAUCCUGGGAGGUUUGCAGCAAUUAGCUCCUGCUAUCAAAGACAGCCUUCCCAGUGGGAAGGGAAGAGCAGGUGGGGUGUAGGGGGUCCUACCUGCAAAUCCCUUCAUUAAAAAGACAUGAGUCCCUGGCAUGGCCUUUCAACUUGCCUGGGAAGAGCUGCACCCACAGUGAGAUCCCUGCUCUGUGCAUACAGAAAAAGGCCACAGCUUAAAUGCCACUAUAUUUGCAUAGCACUGUGUUUUUCCCAAAUUCUCAGCAUGUCAGGAAGGAAGCAGCUAAGAGAACUUGACUUUGAUGUGGAGCAUUAGAGGUCCUCACCAGGCUGUGGAUGCAGUGGUGUCCUCUGCCUGGCUUUACUUGUGCAUGCACAGCCUUGGGGUUUUUAGCCCCCGGUGUAUGAAAAGAGGAGGUCCUACAGCCCUAUCCCAUGUGAGGGACCCCGACAUAAUCUGUCCAACACCCCAGUCUGUAUUUUGGUGAUUGUAGAGAUGGCCCAAAUCCUGUUCUCCUAGUGUGAAGCUCUGCAGCAUUGGUAUCCUCCCUCGGCAGGCAGAGAGGGUGUUGUAUUGGCAGCAUCCUGAGUCCCUGCUAACCACAGGGUUAGCAGGGUGUCACUGCGGUUCAGGGACACCUCCUUAGGG